AUGUCCGCGAUGUCCAGCGGCCACCCUUCGAUCUGUAUCUCAAACGGCCCGGGCUCCUCCAUGUCCAAUAUGAACGCACUGCGGGUUUUGGAUCUCACAGAGUUGCGAGCGAAAUACGAAGGUUGGUCGUUGACUACUUACAUGGAAGGUGACUUUGCCGGGAACUGCCUUCAGACAAUGAGCAUCAGUCAUUUGUACCAGUUCACUUAUUCUUUAGAGACUGUUAUGAUUGUCAGAUUGACACUAAGAAUGAUAACGCAGAACUAUAUGACAACAAAGGUAAUUUGA